AUGAUUACAGUUUGGGGAAACGUGUGCGAUUUGAGUAUGAACGAGGGCGAAGGCGACAACGCGCUUAUGCGGUGGUUCUACGAUUCUCAGCUGCGCUCCUGUGUUGCUUUCACCUACAGAGGUCUAAUGGGCAACCCGAACAACUUUAUGUCGAAGGAGGAGUGCGAAAUGACGUGCACGCCGCUGUACAAAGUCUGCUCCACCGGCCCUCCUCAGAUAGGCCCAAACAAUCAGCCGGUAUAUUGCAGUCCUUCGAACCCAGGCUCAUGCGACAGCAGCAGCUGGUGCCAUAUUGGAGGUUCGACGGAAACCACCAUUUGCUGUACAGGUGGUAAGGAAACCUUUAGGUCUUACUUGCAUUUCGUCUGCAAAACCGCCAUUUCAGCGGUAGAUAACAUCUGCCAACUUCCAAUGGCUACCGGAACCGGAAGCCUCAACCUGAUACGUUGGUAUUACAACUCUUUAAAUGGAACAUGCGUCAUGUUCACGUACAGCGGCCUCGCCGGAAACCAGAACAGCUUUGUCAGCAGAAGCGAUUGUCAACAACGAUGCGAAGGUAAUUAAGA